AUGACUCGUAAAGGAAAAAAGCAGGAGGAACGCAAAGUGCGGUCGUCGGAUUUCGCGAUGUACCAGACCGCGAAUUCCAGACCAACGGGGUUGCAUCACAUCUUCGACUCGUUUUACCACGAUGCAACGGCAUACGGGACUGGCGAUCAAUCGCGAGAUGGGCGCUCUGAUGACGCCUCAUCUGCCUUUUCACAGUCACAGGCAGAACUUCUCAAGGCGCUGGAGAAGCUCACGAAGAAAGACGGCACCACCAAACUGAAGGCCAUUGAACACCUCAUUUCGCUGCUUGAUGACACCCCAGACUAUGUUUUGGAGGGCUUGGUGCCUGAUUUCAUGCAUCUUUUUAAGCGCAUCGCAGUCGUAGAGCCUUCAAGGAAAAUACGUCUACACCUUGGACAAGCCCUUUCCCGCAUUGCCAAAACACUCAAAAAGCGUAUGCAGGUGCACAUGGAUGGGAUUGUGACAUACUGGUGGAUGGCGAUGCAUGACGAUGCACCGGACGUGGCUAGCGCAUAUAUCGAAGCUUUUCACAGCCUCUUUUCGGCACCCGACGCCGAAAGAACUGAACUGGAUCGCAAGACGUUCCGCGUGCUCACACAUUAUAUCCAGACAAUCGCAAAUACCAGCCUAAUGCUACUUAGUCGGAAUAUAGAGGAAUAUAAACGCGAUUGGAUGGAUACUUUUGGCAAGACUUGCGACAACUCCGCCACUAUCUCGGACAUGCACAAUAGGCUCGUCUGUUCGCUGUUACAAGGUAUUGUUAACCUUAUGACUCAGCAAAGACUAUUUGCCAAUGAAGUGGAUGGAGAUAAGCUCCCCGUUACGGUAUUCGUCAACGAUGAGCUCGUUAAUAGAAUUGGUUCGCUGUGCCUCAACGGCACGUUCAGGCAGCGUCUAGCAAGUGCGCGACUACUUGUUGAAUUAGUCAAAGUCUUACCGGCCGGUAAGCUGCCAAUCGCGAGGAAGCUGUUCGGAAUAGGUAUGAAACGGGUACACGAGGACGAAGAAGCACACAUUUCGUACCAACAUGUGCGUCUAAUUUGCGCCUGUGCCAGGUACAAUAGUGCAUGUUGGGAACCAUCGAUAUUGGGAAAUUAUGCUUCAUUUGUUAAACGGGUCCUGGAACAACACACAGGGGACUCCGCAGUGACCGCAGAGCUCUAUUCUUUGUGUCCUUGCCUAGUGUCGUAUCUGCCGCAGGAGUGGUUGCGGUCGCCAUCCGGGGAGCAGGCUGUGCUUGAAGUUAUCAAAUACGUCCUACAUCUCCUGAGUGAGAAGUUGCAAGCGAAUUAUGAGAAGUCAUAUGCGUACGAUGUCAAAAUGUUGAGCCAGGUGGGCAGCAGUAUGCUCUAUUGCUACUACCGCAUACUUAUGCUUCUAGAAGGUAAUUGCGAAACCAUCGCACAACACGCCAUUGCUCCCAUAUUGGAGUUGCCGUAUGAAAGCACUUCUCUCGCUAAACAUUUACUAUCGCAACUUCCGCGCAUAUUCACCGAGUUCAUAGAGGAAGCAGAGGCCAUGAAAUCGUCCGAGGCUAUCGAUACCAUCCUGACGAUGUUAAGAAAAGUAGAUGAGAAACAAGUCAAUGGUGUUCUAAUGACACGUAUAUUUGACUCCCUGUCGAAGGGUGGGCAUAACGACGUAGAAGAUGUGGAACCCCGUGACAGCAUAAAGUCGUACGUCCGCAAUGCACAGAAGGGCCUGAAGUCGCGGAUCAUGGAAGACGAGUUGCCGUCUGUUCUUAUGGAAUUUUUGGCCGAACCACAAUCUCCGUCGUGCGUGGAGCGUAUGGACGAGAUGUUGAGUGUUGCUGACAGCAUCACUACGCUGUCCAAAGACUCGGGCAUUUUAGUGGCUCCGCGCUUCUUUAUGGAACGAAAGUACCAUGAUAGUUGGGAAUUCGAGGGCGCGUUUGCUAAACUUUCGCGUGUAUUAAAAUUGUUCGAACCUUUAUUGAAUGAACCCGAAAAAUAUUAUCCUGAGGAAACGGAUGCGAAAAGCGUAUUGCUCGUAUCGUUGGUGGCAUUGCAAAAUACCGACUCUGACGAUAAAGCGGUCAAUAUAGCAAAAAAAGUAUACAGCUGUCUAACUGAACUUGGUGAUGGCAAUUGCUUGGCGGUUUUCCUCAAAUUCGUUAACGCGUCACAACGCUUUUCGCAUUGCCUAUCUCAAACAAUGCUCGGGUGGUUAAUGCAGCCAGAACACCUUAAUGUUGCAACUUGCGAAGCUGUAUACAGUGCGGUCGAUGUCUCGUCAUUGGAUGCAGAAGGUUUGCUCAAAUAUGAGCUGCUCCACACUGUACUGCGGUUCGAAAGGAAAACGGCCGUUAAGGGAUACAAACCGAAGGAGCACGGAAUGGUCGACGACGUUGUCGCGUUCUACCUAGUGGGGUACUAUACAAACUUGUUAGUCAGAAUAGAUACCCUUCUUAAUUUUAGCGUCGCACUUUUGCCGGAAUGGCAACAGGGUAAGUCAACCGCCGACAGUGAUCGCCUUAAGUCUUUUCUACAACUGCUUCAACGGGGAAAGGACACGUUUAAGUACUCCCAUGAUACGAGCAGUGAAGUGGUCCUCAACAAAGAUCUUGUAAACGCAAUGAUAUCGCUGCAAUCUACGCCGUGCAGGUGUACCGUGUCGAUCAGUCGUACAAUAUCUGCUCUGACACAAGCGUCGGUGCUGGUUGAUGCAGUUAUCCACCAUAGGAAUGCAGUGCUUUUUGCUCAAUUGUGGUAUAUGAACUGCGAAGCCUACCUUUUCGUGGCCGACGAAACGAGCAAAUUGCACAGAGAUACUGAGGCGGUUAACGGAACGGCAACGCAAUCGGAUGACGAUACGGCAAAAGGCGAUGAAGUUGCCGCGUCAAAGAUUCAUGGCGAUAAAGUGGAUCUGCAAAACUUUGCCUCGGUGUUGGUACCAACGUUGGUGAACGACGGUUUCAAUUAUCCAUUGUUCGAAAAGCUGGUUGAGAAAGUUCUCAAAAGUUGCGCCUGUUCGGAUACAAUAACUACCACUUUGGUUAAAUAUAUAUGUUCUAAAACCUGGAAAUCAAAGUUCGAAUACACAAACAAGAUCCAAUUGUUCAACAGCUACCUGCAUAAGUUAGGUGCCUAUGAUGAGUCAGUAGUCGCCCUCUUCAAGCAACAAUACUGUUCAAACCAAUUCGUUGGAGGAUUUGUUGCCACUUCGAAACGUAUGGGGAACGUGGCAAUAACGACGGCAGAUGACAUAUUGUCGGCUGUGGAGUUAUGUGGUGAGGACGAUAUAGUGCUCAUGACAAACUAUCUGCUCGAGCUGGCUCCACUCUUUGGCAACUCUUUUGUAAAUGGAGAUGGCAAGUUUGAUGUCAAGGAGGGAUGUGAUGUGUCUUACCUCACGGAAAAAAUGGUUUCAGUGCCCCUAGCUGUUUUGGGGAAAUUGCGGAUAUUGAAGCACAAAGAUGCUUGUACAUCUUUCUGGCUUCAUAGCGCUCUCUUGGACCUUUUCCACGCGUGUUCAUGUCUGGUAAAGGCGUUGUCACUGGAUUCUGCGGCGUUCUUGAAGUUUGUGGAAGGUGGGUGGAUUAUGAGCGCAUUGAGUUUCUGCUGCCGCAACCUGUCAGCACCCUCCCACCUCGUCAUAAACUUAUUCGCGGAAAUUAUGCACUUAUGCAUAUCAAAUGAAAUUGUAUCACUUAAAGUACUGCGCGUGGACCGUGGUGCGUACGAUUUUUCCCUGUCUAGCUUGAGGGAAUAUGCGGAUGUGAUGGAGGCUCUGUCGGCGGAGAACGUGGCGCAAGCUUUGGCAGAGGGACCAUUUGGCACAACGGUGGAUUCCAUUGACCCUCAUUACUUUGUAUCAAUGGUAGUGUACUUUGUGGAGUCCGUUGACUCCCAAAAGACAGUCGUUGGCCAUGAUGCCGACGACAUACAGAGGGCUUUAAAAACCUUGAAGGCGGCGACAUACGAAUUUGUUAGCUUUUUAUCCAAAUCGCAAUCCUGUUAUAUAUACAGUUUGGCUUUUGUUUCAAGGCUUUGGUGCUGCUCGUUCCUUUUUUCACAUAUCGCAGAGUACAGCGGCACCUUGUGUAACGUGGACCUUGAACACAACAGCGUUUAUUUAUUGCUACCCGGCAAAUUCGCCGCUGUGGAAACAUCACCGGAUGUUCACAAUGCAGUUAAUCAAGAGGGAGUGCCAAUAGACAUAUCGCAGCUGCUGUUGAAUGCACUGCAGGAUCCAGAAGAAAAUGGCCACCCCGGAGACGCCGAAGAACCCUCAACCGAUAACCCUGAGGAAGUUCCUGUAGGCCCAACACGUGAGGAAAUCGCAUACUUCGGCCGUAAGGCGAUUUCUUUUUACUUCAAUGUGCUUUUCGGGCCACACAUCACGGGAGCCCUGUUCAAAACGUAUGACGUGUUCGGUGAUUCAUGCCACCAUCAGGACCUUGAACUAUGCCUAACUUCCUGGCUUAGUGCGUUCAUGUUGUUGCAGCAUCUGGUGGAAUCUAACCAACUGACAUUAAAGAACGCCAUCCUUAAGGUACUGACGGCCAACCCGUCGGAAGCAGGGGGUGCCAUGUACGAAAGCAUCAAGGCACAGGUCAGUAACGCCGUCGCCGACGAGGGCAAAGAAUACGUCAGUGCGUGGUGGUUAUCAGACGCGCCUGCCAUUCCUGAGCACGCCGAUGAAUCGGCAUUGCACGUUCUGUUGAACGUGCUCAUUUUAUGUCUGGAGAACCUGUACCUAAAGGAGGAACGAUACCGACACCUCGUCAAAACACUCUAUUAUAAGGUGUCAAAGGUCUUCCCUGAGGAGGUUAACCACGUAUGGAACCAAUGCAAAAGUGUAUAUGUGAAGAAACAGAUCAAGAAGUUCACGAAAACCGAGAUCACGCAGCGCCUUAUCGCCGAUGAAUUGCGGGCUCUAAAGGCGUGCAAGUCUAGUGCUCUGCACAUCACACACGACGCCGACUAUCGCAAUUUGUACGCCUCGCUAGACACGAAGGCUGAGGUGUCUAUAAAGCUGACUGUAAAGAUUCCGAAGGCAUUCCCACUGGAACCGUUGUCGUUCACCUCCACGGAGGAUGCGGCUACGUUCAAAAACAAACAUCUGAGGUGGUUGAUGAUGGCACAGAGUGCCGCAAACAGGGGAGGUAUAUCCCAAGGAUUGCUGCUGUGGAGCGACAACAUCACAAAGUUCUUCGACGGAAUAGAGGAGUGUCCAAUUUGCUACUCCAUAGUGCACCUACAGUUCAACAGCAUCCCCGGCAAGACAUGCAAGGUCUGCAAGCACAAGUUCCACACCGAAUGUCUCUACAAGUGGUUCCGCAACGCGCAGAAGGCCAAGUGCCCCCUGUGCCAGUCUACGUCUUCGUUCACGAGCUACAACUAA